AUGAAUCCCAUGCCUCAUAUGCAGCCUCUCUCUGACGACGCUUAUCUCCAAUCCAAAAAGGGUGAAAUCAAGCACCAGCUUUGCAUCGAAGGGAUGAAAAUUCCUGAGGUACACAAAUGGCUUUGUUAUAUGCAGCAGUAUUGGGUUGGGGAAGGCCAAUUGAGAUACGCAAUAGGCAAGUGGAAAGAGGCUGAACCAGAAGAAUGGAACCCGCCUCUCCAUCCACACCCCCGUCCACGUCCUGUACCCGCAUCCCUGCCAUCUCGGCCUGCACCUCGAAUCGUUGUCAAUAAUCCACUACUUCGCCACACGGACCCUAAAGGGCCCACACAUGGAGCGCGCCACCAUCAGCAUAUGUGGUUGCAGACAUCCUCAAUUGGAGUAGGCCAGGGAGCAAUGGCAUCAACAUACGUCCCAGCCCAGAGAGCACCAGAACCAGGUCCUCUAUCGUCGGCAUUCUUUGGUGCUGACGUGCCCCGGUGCGAGCAUUGCAAUGAGUCUGAAGCAGAGGGGGAUCAUAGAGGAUGCUGGUACGGCUAG